AUGUCGUCUCCAAAUAACACCAAAGGUAAACGUGUUAUUGCAACAAAAGCACCCCGUCAACGACCCGCUUCCAUCACCCCCGAGCCGACUAUCUCUCAACUGCUCUCUACGCGUCCAUGGCUCUCACGUCCUCAGUCCGUAUCUGAACAAGACCGCUUCAUCAUCCACUAUCGCGACAACCUCAUUCCUGGAGCCACAGCCCCGAAAGACUGGAAUGAAGUGACUGCCGAGUUUAACGAGAAGUUCCGCGAGCAGUUGAAGCCGUUGUCAUGGAAGACGCUGAGCAAACGCUGCGGCGUCGCCCGCAAGAUCUUUCUAGGCGAAAACGAAGACUACGCCCGCGUACUCACAUACCCAGUCCCAGACAUCGAUACAGAACGAGAGUCUGACGAGGACGUUGAUAUGGACACAAAAAUUAGCAAAGCUCUCCUCCCCAUACCCUCUAUACGCUCUAUGCCCGGAUUCUAUGAUCCCGCGUCUAUCUCAGACACCUACAUAACGCCCACCACCCGCGCCAAAUUCCACAUCCGAAACCGCACCACCUCAUUCGUGCGCUUCCACUUCCUCAACCCCAACGAGGACUGCCUUGCGAAAGACAAUCCGCAAUGCGUCGACAUCAAGAUCUUGAUUGCCAACUCACCCUUCUACGCCCGCAACCUGCAGCGAAACACACACUUCACCAUCAUCGAUGUCCCCAAGAAGUUUACCGCACACACAGUAAACGCAUUCAUCCAACUCAUCGCUCCCGUAUGCGCAACGCGACUGCCCGAGCACUACUUGUGGAAAGCGCAGGUGGCUACGCCGGGGGUGUAUGAUCGAUUUGGCGCUGUGAAAGCGGAGAAGAUCGAUUGGACAGUAGAAAGCCUGCUUGAUCUGCUGUUUUUUGCGCAGAUACUCGAGGUGGAUUGGGUUGUCGAUAUGGUUAUUGAUCGACUUCAUUUCCUGUUCGUGGAGCAAAAGCGACUCAAUCAGGUUAAUGGUGCGGUGAGCGAUACUCAGCGUGUCGCCGGUCGUUCGCGGGCAUCGAUGGCAGCUAUGCAGCUGACCAAGCUCAGCACUGAGGAUUUUGGACAAGGCGUUAUCACGCAUCUGGCGGAGAUCUCGAUGGACAUGUCGACGCUGAGGUUCAUCGCGGAUCUGAUGAGUGGCUUGGGUAGUAAAGUGGAUGCGAAGUGGAUUGCCAGGACGUCCGACAAAGUAAAGCACGUCUUUACUUAUGCGUCCGAGGAUUAUCUCAUCAACAGCUCGCGCGAAGGCCACUGCAAACGAUAUCAUCAUCAUCCGCACACUGCACGCGGUUGCUACACGUCUUGCGUCAACCAUCCACCGGCUACAUUCAUCAAAGCGCUCUACCACUUUGCUACGCCAGAAGAGCUUAUCCGGCACUCGAAUGGACUGUUACCGAGUGGUGCAAGCAGCAUUUCGAACACUGGAUCGAGUAAGCUGAGGGAAGAGAACUCGUCACCCGAGAUGUUGGACACUGAAAAGAAGGUUCUGGAGAUGGAGAGCCGCUUGGAAAAGGCAAAGGCUGCUUUGCGAUGGGCGCGAGAUGCGUCGGGGGUUGAAAAGCAGCAUGCUAUGCGAGAGGCGGGCGAAGCUGCCGAGGAGAUGUAUGGGCCCAGUCAGCUCUAUUGUGGAGGACUCAUGAGUACGGUAGUUCUUUCUACGUCCUAGAAGUCGGAUAGGCGUCUUGCUUUGGUAUUGGAGAGAAUUGGGAAAGGAAGCUGUAGGAACUUAGUGUUGGUGUAUUUGCAGACCUAAACUUUGAGACGAAAUUGUAUAUGUUCCUGUUUUAUUUUUAUAAUAAUUUAAAAAGGUCGCUAUGGAAGAGGAAUCUUAUGAAUGUUCGAAUGUUAAAAUAGUAUCAUAAUCAAGGAACGGAUUGAACGUUGAAUCG